AUGCCUCUCGUCGCCCUAGGUGUCGCCGACCUGUUCAACUUUGUUGACUACAGCAAGACAAGCCUUGCCAUCUCUGCUGCUGCCAUUGCCUUUAACCCUACCUUCUGGAACAUUGUUGCCCGCAGAGAAUACCGCACCAAGUUCCUCACGCGCGCUUUCGGCGGCAAUGCCCAGGUGGCCUGCUACUUCCUGGCCGUCACCAUCUUCGGCCUCGGUCUUGUCCGCGACUUCCUCUACGAACGCGCUCUCCGUGACCAGCCCUCCCACCCGCUCCUCGAGGGCACCUAUGUCAAAUACGCCGCCUAUGCCCUCCUUGCCCUCGGCAACCUCCUCGUCAUCACCUCUACACUGCGUCUGGGUAUCACGGGAACCUUUCUUGGUGACUACUUUGGCAUUCUGAUGGAUGGCAUUGUCACCGGCUUCCCCUUCAACGUCACCAGCGCUCCCAUGUACUACGGCUCCACCAUGAGCUUCCUCGGCACCGCUCUCUUGUACGGCAAGCCCGCCGGUCUUCUUUUGACCGCCUGGGUUCUCUUCGUCUACAUCAUCGCUAUCCAAUUCGAGAACCCCUUCACUGCCGAGAUCUAUGCCAAGCGCGACCGCGAGAGGGCCAAGGCUGCCGGUACUGGCAAGAAGGAGCUUUAA